AUGGACAGAGACCAAGGACCAUCAAUCACAAUACGAGAUCAAGAGGAGAAUCGGGUUGACUUUGUUUUGGGAAAUGUUGAUUUAUCCGUGGCAAAUGCUCUCAGAAGAACGAUGCUCGCUGAAAUUCCUACAUUGGCCAUUGACUUGGUGGAAAUCGACAUUAACACUUCAGUUCUUGCCGAUGAAUUUUUGGCUCAUAGACUAGGACUUAUACCUCUUAUCAGUGAGGGUAUAGAGAAUUUGAAAUACUCCAGGGAUUGUACUUGCGACAACUAUUGUUCUAGAUGCGCAGUUACAUAUGAGUUGACGGCAAAGUGUGACACUGACUCAACCAUGACUGUUUACGCAAAAGAUCUUUUCAAAAUUCCAAAUGGUCUGGAUUUGGGAAAGGUUGUUACAAAGAAUGAGCUUGACAAAGGAUCUAUAAUUUGCAAGUUGAGGAAACACCAACAAUUGCACAUAACGUGUAUUGCCAAGAAGGGGAUAGCCAAGGAACACGCCAAGUGGUCUCCCUGUGCUGCCAUAGGGUUUGAAUACGAUCCAUGGAAUAAGCUAAAACAUACAGAUUACUGGUACGAAGUUGAUGCUAAUGAGGAGUGGCCCAAAUCGAAAAAUUGUGAUUGGGAAGAACAGCCUGAUCCCGAAGAAAAAUUUGACUACAAAGCAAAACCAAACGACUUUUAUUUUGAUGUUGAAACAGUGGGGAAUUUACCUCCCAAUGAGGUUGUUGUUCAGGGUAUUAAUACCUUGCAAACAAAAUUGGCAUCGAUUGUUAUAGAGUUGGACAAGGGAAGAGUGGAGGCAAGCAAUGUUGAAGAUGGUGGUUUCACCACGUAUGGUAGAACCGAUUACGGUCACGGUGGAGAGACGCCAAUGAUUGGCGGUGCCACGCCGUACGGUGGUGGAGACAGCACUUUUGGAAACAAUGGGUACGGUGGAGGUGCAUGGAAUUGA